CGGUGGUCGCGUUGUGCAACUGGUUCGCGCGCGGGUCGUCUUCGUCCUCGUCUCGUCGCCGCAACAACAACGAUAUCGUCGCACAGUCGACUCCUCGCGCCACGCGUGUGCGUACGGUCUCAUCGGUCGGUCGGUUUUUUUUCCCGUUAAAGUCUUCCCGUGUUUUUCCUUCACCUCGUCGUUCACUAUUCGUUGAACAUAUCCCUUACCACCUUCCCCCUCCCCCCCCAACGUCGGCACUUAGAAGAAAUCGUUGUUCCACCGAUCGAUCGCGUUCCCGCCCGCUCUCCUAUUACCGGACCACCACAACCACGAAACUCCCGAAUAUCGUUUUGUUACUCCCCGUUCGUCCACGUCUGCUGUGCUAUCGUUACCUGGCCGCGUGAUUCGUUCGUCCCGAAACACCAUGGACGACUACCACUACGACGUCAUGAACUGCAGGACGCCCAAGGAACACUUCUCCGAAGGGGGAGCCGUUGCGAAUGAGCAGUACGAAGGGAGACCGUGCCUAACGUGCCACGACAACUGUGCAGGAUUCGUGCCACAUCCAUGGAGGAAGACAUGCGGCAGCUGUAAAUGUACAAAGGACUCGCACGAUGUGCUGCACGAGGAGUGGGUCAACGUACGCGACCGACUCGGUUUCAAGCCGGUCCAAGAUCCGGACAAGAGGGUGUCGAAGGAAAGGUCUUACAGCCAAGGAUACUCGUGGGUUCCACCCGGGCUGCCCAGUCACAAGGUAGAGAAAUACUUCAACAGUUUACCGUCCAAUAAAGUUCCUAAGCUGGGCACGGCCGGCGAGAAGUACCGGGACAAGCAAGUAGUCGUGCAACUACCCAAGCAAGACUUAGCGUUGACGUAUUGCAAACACGUGGAGCAAAGGCAUCACCAGAGCUACGAGGACUUCAUAAACGCUAGAAACGAGAUAGCGUUAGACAUUGGAUACGCCAGAGAAUGCACUUAUCACGUGGAAUGUCCGAAAUGUCAGAAAAAUGUUGAACCAGGUGAAAUAGGAGUGUUCGCGUCUAAAUUUGGCGAUACAGUUUUAUGGCAUCCGACAUGCUUCACUUGCACCGAAUGCCAAGAGCUCCUCGUCGAUCUGACUUAUUGUCUGUACGAAGACCAUUUGUACUGCGAACGUCACUAUGCACAAAAAUUCAAACCGAGGUGUUCGGCUUGCGAUGAGUUAAUUUUCAGUGGAGAAUAUACCAAAGCGAUGAACAAGGACUGGCAUUCCGGUCAUUUCUGUUGCUGGCAAUGUGACGAAUCGCUAACGGGACAGAGAUACGUACUGAGGGACGAACAUCCUUACUGCAUAAAAUGCUACGAAUCGGUGUUCGCGAACCCAUGCGACGAAUGCGACAAGGUCAUCGGAAUCGACUCUAAAGAUCUGUCGUACAAGGACAAACACUGGCACGAAGCUUGUUUCUUGUGCAACAAAUGUCGCGUCUCGUUGGUGGACAAGCAGUUCGGAUCGAAAGUGGAGAAAAUCUAUUGCGGAAAUUGCUAUGACACUCAAUUCGCUGCUAGGUGUGACGGAUGCGGAGACAUCUUCCGCGCAGGAACGAAGAAAAUGGAAUACAAGACCAGACAAUGGCACGAGAAAUGUUUCAGCUGCGUUGUGUGCAAGACGGCCAUAGGUACCAAAAGCUUCAUACCCCGGGAACAGGAUGUCUACUGCGCUACUUGUUACGAGGAAAAGUUCUCGACUCGUUGCGUUAAAUGUAACAAGAUAAUUACUAGCGGUGGAGUAACGUACAAGAACGAACCAUGGCACAGGGAAUGCUUCACGUGCAGCCAUUGCAACACUUCGUUGGCCGGGCAGCGUUUUACGUCCAGGGACGAGAAGCCAUACUGCGGCGAUUGUUUCGGAGAACUGUUCGCUAAGAGAUGUACUUCAUGCGUCAAACCAAUCACGGGAAUCGGCGGCACCAGAUUCAUCUCGUUCGAGGAUCGCCACUGGCACAACGAUUGUUUCAUUUGCGCCUCGUGCAAGACUUCGUUGGUGGGCAGAGGCUUCAUCACCGACGCCGAAGACAUCAUUUGCCCGGAAUGCGCCAAGCAGAAGCUCAUGUAAUCGCGCUCGCACAUGACAAUGCCGACAGACAAUCAACGCAAUAACACCCGUAGUCGCCCUUAUCGUUAAAAAUUGUUUAAUAAUAAUAAUAUUACUAUUACCAUCGCCGUGGUCUCGUCAUCAUAACAAAUUCAAUUACGAUACAUACGAUAUACACCAUAUACGAUGAAUAUAACUUGAUAAUUAUCGUCUAAAAUCGCUACGCACAUAUCCAUAUAUUGUAUUGAAUAAAUAAAAUAAAAAAAAAAAACAAUAUAAAUAAAAAAAAA